AUGCCGCUACACUACGUACUGAUGUUUCCCCACGGGGAUUCUGGGUGGCGGCCGGGGCUAACGCUCCGUAACCAGGACGGAUCCCGUCUGCAGACGUCGCUGACCCAGCAAACCUACUAUCGAUACUAUCUACACCCCCGCCCUGGGCAGACUACAAAUCCGUUCUGCUUCUACAGGCUGUUUCAGCAGUACGUUGUGGAUAUCUGGGCUAUCUGCGACCAGGCCCGGCUGGCCUGGAUCCGAGCAAACCAGGCACAGCUGCGGGCAGACCUGUAUAGCGGUGUUGCUGAUGCCGUUAUGGGCAACAACGACGCCUAG